GAAAAAAAAAAAAAAACGGAGGAGAAAAAGAAAGUGAAAGAGAGAGUGGAAAACGAAGUGGGGGCGGAGAGAGAAUUGAGAUCGGAAUUGAAUAAUUGAAAAAGAAGGAAGGGGAUGGUUCUGAAACUGAGCACGGCGGCUCCGAUAAAAGCGAGGAAAUGGGUUUGGAUCCGACCCGUUUCCAGUGCGAGCAGGAAGCCAACAAGAAGCACAAAUACUACUACUUUUACUACUACAAAACUCACAAAGGCCAACAAUAAGACCUCAUCAGCCUUUUAUCUCUCCCAAUAUACCACCUACCACCCAAACCCCAAACCCAAUCACAGAAUUUUAUCACCCCCUAUUUAUAAUAAUCUAGGGUGGUGCAUGAUAACCCCCUGCGCACCCUUCGAGCACGAUAAGGGUGGUUCGCUUCCUAACCUAGGGUUUACAUUUCCUCCCCUCCACCACCACCACCUCCACCGCCACCACCAUCGCCAUAGUUCCUUCUCUGUUCCUUCUUCAUCCUCCGAAUCCUCCUCUUCGUCUUCGUCUUCGGACUCUCCUCCUUCCGCCGAAGACACAGGUGGAGGGUUUGUGGCCGAUAUGGGUUCCGAGAGUAAAGGUCAAGAUUGGUAUGGAAAUGGGUUGUGUCAGAACCACAACCAAACGAUUUCGCCUCUUCAACAUCAUCAUCAUCAGCAACAAAACUCCUCUAAAUUGCUCACAUUGCCUACCAUUUUGACCCUUGGCCGCGUCGCUGCCGUCCCGCUUCUCAUCAGCACUUUCUAUGUGGAUAGUUGGUGGGGAACAACUGCUACAACAAGCAUUUUCAUUGCUGCAGCAAUUACUGAUUGGCUUGAUGGUUAUAUUGCUCGGAAGAUGCGGUUAGGAUCUGCAUUUGGUGCCUUUUUGGAUCCGGUAGCUGAUAAGCUAAUGGUUGCCGCUACGUUGGUGUUAUUAUGCACCAAACCUUUCAACGCUGGAGUAUUUGGACAAGUGCCAUGGCUACUGACUGUACCUGCUAUUGCUAUUAUUGGCAGAGAGAUAACCAUGUCGGCAGUUAGAGAAUGGGCUGCUUCUCAGAAUGGCAAGCUUUUGGAGGCUGUUGCUGUAAAUAACUUGGGCAAGUGGAAGACAGCUACGCAGAUGACUGCCCUAACUAUCCUUCUUGCCACACGUGACAGCAGUCUUGGAGGGCCAGGAAUUCUAGUUGCUACUGGUGUUGUUUUGCUUUAUAUUUCAGCAGGGCUUGCUGUUUGGUCUUUGAUUGUGUACAUGAGCAAGAUAUGGAGAGUACUGCUGAAAUAGUGAGCGGUGGAGCCCGAUUCUAAGAAUCCACUAUAUAUAUAUAUAUAUAUACACUCGGGAAUUUAGUGCAUCAUAAACGAUUUGCUUAAAUGAUCAUCUUCACACAUUGGAGAGCAGCAUUUCUCACAUGGCAGAUGAAGGAUAAGCUGUUUUAUCCAACAUUCUGGUUUUAUGUUAAUUUUGAGUGAAUUAAUGCUUCCUAGGGGGUGUAGUAUCGCGCACUAUUAUUUUGUCUAAUGGCUGCCACCCAAUAACUUCUUAUAUAUUUUUUGAUUCAGAGGGAAAAGCAUUGUAAUAUAUAUAUAUUGAUUAAAAAAAGUUGCCCUCACAGCAAAUCAUUGUUUUGGUCUGUAAAUUCCUUUGUAAGAUAAAGAAUCUUCAAAGCUUACGUUGGAGUAUGAAGAUGUUACCUGAUUGCUAAAAAGUACCAUAAAGGGAGAAAGAAAAGGAAAGUUUUUGGAUUGGAACAAAGUUUGUGCUGAUUUUUUAUUUUGUAAGCAAAGAUCAUUAAUGGUUGAAAAAGAAAGCUGCUUUUGGAUUCUGGUGCAGCUGUAUCUUUCUUUCUGUUUCAA